UCCGCCUUCGUGCGUGGCGACCCCUGACCCCGCGCGUCUCCUUCCGCCUGUGUGCGUGUCGCGCGCUCACAGCGCCACAGAGCGGAGCGGUCUCGGGACACGCGCAAAGCCACCGAGAGAUGUCUGCUUCUGCUGCUGCUGGGUCGCGGCGCGAGCGGCUGACGCUGCGCGACAAACUGGAGGGGCGCGAGCUCGACCUGAGCCUCUGCGGCCUCGCUGAGGCGCCCGUGCGCGAGCUGGCAGAGUUGCCGAAAGCAACGGUCCUGGACCUGUCCUGUAAUCUACUGACAUCACUGCAGCCAGAGUUCAGCAGGCUGACGCAUCUGGUUAAGCUGGACCUGAGCAAGAACCAGCUGAGGGAGCUUCCCGCCGAGUUUGGGGAGCUCGUGUGGUUGCACCACCUCGACCUAUUUCAGAACAAGCUGCAGUCACUGCCCACCAGCUUCGCUCAGCUCAAGAGUCUGAAAUGGUUGGAUCUGAAGGACAAUCCCCUAGAGCCAGCUCUUGCCAAGGUGACCACGGACUGCCUCGAUGAGAAGCAGUGCAAGCUGUGUGCAGUCCAGGUGGUGGAGUAUAUGAAGCAGAUGCAGGCGGAAGAGGAGAAGGCCCAGCAACAACGUCUGGAGAAAGAGCGAUCUAAGCAGGCGCGCAAGGAGGCCGAGCUUCUGCGACAGGAGGAGGCCAAGCGGGAGCUGCGUAAGCAGCAGAAGGCGAUGGAGAAGGAGAAGAGGCGGCGCGAGUACGAGGAGGCACAGGCUCAGCUCCGGCAGCGGAACGAGACCCCGGCUCCCAAACCCAGCGUGGCCCCGCAUGACGCUGUGGUUGGCGAGCGGCGGCGGCGGCGGCGGGCCAGUGCUGGUCGCUGGUCGUGCCGCAGGGUCCCAGCGCUGCUCUUCCUGGUUCUUGUGCUUGGAGGUCUGAUGGCGGGCCUCGUUCUCUACUGUCAGGGCCAAGGCCCAGCGUCGCCAGGUCCCUGUGAUCACGUCAACAGGGUCUAUGCGGGAAUACUCAACGCUCUGCGUCAAAACUUAAUCUUCCAAUAUUUUCUGGAAAUAUGUCACAUGCAUGCGUAACGAUUUAUACCUUGCGGAAAAUAAAUAUUCCCGUGGAAUUGGAAUGUGUUGAAGGUUUUCCAACAUAAGUAGAAUGACACGUUUAAAUUGACGUCUGCAAUAUGCUGCAUUAACAUUAAAUGAAUUAGUUUCAUGAUGCAAUUCAUAUGCUGGAGUAAUACUUUUGUUAUAUUUAUCUUGAUAGUAAAAUAAAAGGGCAGCCACAA